AUGAUCCCGACUUUCUUCCGCAUAAUAAAAAGCAAAAACCGUCUUGGUUUCGGCAACUCCAAAAAAAACCAGAUCGUCCUCCUUUUCCCUCUCUGUCCCACUACCACUACGCUUUACUUUGCAACCAUGGGAGAGGCUGGUCAUGAUUACGAAGUUGCCGGCGGCGGGGAGGCGGGGAAGACGGUCAGGUACGGCGUCGUAGGAGUCGGGAUGAUGGGGAGAGAGCAUUUGAUCAACCUCCACCACCUGAUCAGCGACGGGAAGCAAAACGUCGCCGUUGCUUGCAUCGCCGACCCUCACGUGCCUUCCCAGCAGCAGGCCGUGGAGUUGGCCCGAUCCUUCGGCUGGACCGGCCUCCAGGUGUUCGCGGGCCACAAGGAGUUGCUGGACAGCGGGUUAUGCGACGUGGUGGUUGUUUCAAGCCCAAACAUGACCCACUUCCAGAUUCUGAUGGAUAUUAUCCAUCACCCCAAGGCCCACCACGUACUUGUCGAAAAGCCCCUAUGCACCACCGUUGACCAGUGCAAAAAGGUUGUAGAUGCAGCAAAGAAGAGGCCAGACAUGCUAGUCCAGGUCGGACUGGAGUACCGGUACAUGCCUCCAGUUGCGAAGCUGAUCGAGAUCGUCAAAGGUGGAUCUCUAGGGCAUGUGAAAAUGGUGGCAAUCAGGGAGCACCGGUUCCCAUUUCUUGUCAAGGUUCAUAACUGGAACAGGUUCAAUGCCAACACAGGGGGAACUCUGGUGGAGAAGUGCUGCCACUUCUUUGAUCUCAUGAGGCUGUUUGCUGGAGCAAAUCCUGUUCGGGUGAUGGCUUCUGGAGGUAUAGAUGUUAACCACAAGGAUGAAAUCUAUGAUGGGAAGGUACCUGAUAUUAUCGACAAUGCCUUCGUGAUUGUCGAGUUUGAUAACGGGUCCAGAGGGAUGCUUGACCUUUGCAUGUUUGCUGAAGGGAGCAAGAAUGAGCAAGAAAUAUCUGUUGUUGGAGACAUUGGAAAGGGAGAGGCUUUCGUACCUGAGAGCAUAGUGCGGUUGGGUGCAAGAUUUGCUGGUAGAGCUGGCGUAAAGACCCUGAGAGCUGAGGAUGAGAGAAUAAAAUACGAUGGCUUGCAUCAUGGAUCAAGCUACUUGGAACACCUCAACUUUUUGGCUGCAAUAAGAGCUGAAGGUGACAAAGUUCCAGCUGUGGAUUUGAAAGAUGGUUUGAUAUCAGUAGCUAUUGGAGUUGCAGCACAGCUUUCCAUUGAGGAGGGCCGAUUUGUUAGAAUAGAUGAAGUCACGGAUGGAACUUUCUGCAGAACAUAUACAUGAGCUUCCCCUCUCCUCGUCAAAUAUUUGACUAUAGGAAUGCUGUAAUUGCCAUAUAAAAGACUGGUGAAGUUUCAAACAACUAGUUCUGCCUUCUUCAUGCGUCAAUCUUCACUUCUCUGCUGCUGUGGUCCUGCACUGAUUCAUUCAGCUUCGAUGCACCUGUCGAAUCUUGGUAGGAAGCAUGAAUUUCUAAUACUGCUGAAUAAAUGGCCAAUUGUGGACCUUCAGACUCAGUGCCAAGGUCAUACGUCAGAAAAUGAAUGCAUCGCCAUUUGUCUAAGGAUCACUGCCAGUUAAUGAGCGACAAUAUAGCGCUACAUAGCUAGCAGUGUUUAUGAAAAAAUUAUUGGAACGACAUUUCCCAUCGAAGGAAGCUGUUAUUGUCUUCGAGAGAAUCAAUAUACUACCAAUGGUCUUCAAUGGUGAGAAUGUAGCAAAUAUCCCGGGAACACUACCAAUAGUCUCCACAACUACACGACCCAUCUCGGAACAAAUGAAAUCGAUUAGCAUCUCUAACUAAUAUUUCUCUCUUCAUAAGCUUCGACGUGAACUUGGUCCAAGUGUGACAAUCCCUACAAACACGAAGGUUCUUCAUUACUUGUAAGGGGGUCCCUGGAUCUGUCUUCAACAAUCCAAAAGCUAUAGCAAGCCUCUCACUGUGCCCACAAAGCCAGUCUCUCUUUUCAUCCUC